GAGGGGGGAGAGUGUUCUCAAGUUUCGCUCUCAUCACAGAGCGCGUCCCUCCUUAAGACGCACGGGCUCUUACUUUGAAACUCUUUCCCAGACGCAAUCGUGGAGCUGGGACAGCCUGUCGAUCAACUUGAAGUUUUGCGGAGGAGAAAAUGAGCGUGUGGUGAUGUUACCUGCAGCAGCUUGGACGGUCACAAGCGCCGCUGAGUUGGAAAACUUUUUUUUUUUUUUUUUUGAACUAAUACGUCUUCGAGUGAUUCGCAACUUCAGGACCACCGGCUGUCCGGUGCUGCCUGUGUGAGGAUCCAGCAGCACAACUUCUUCCAGUCGACGAGAUGUUUGCACGAUAAAUGACUUAUUCACUGAGGCUGGAGUGGAAUGCACUCGACCGGGGACGCGCACGAUGGCCUGGAGAGUGUGGUCAAAAUCCUGCUGUGGCCAAAAAUGGAUCCUCCUCCUUUCCCCCCUCUUCCUCCUAUUUCUCACCAUCUCCAUGAUGACAAUCACUCUGCCCCUUCCUUUGCCGCCCGCUGACAUCGACCGGCGGUCAUCCCGAGCUCUAAACUCCGCUGAGGAGUUUAGAUCCAGGCCGCGGCUUCUUGAGCCCCCUCCGGCUGCUGCCUUCCAGCAGCCACUCAGUCACAUCCACAGUGGUGUCUGGAGAACGGGCGCUGGAAAAGAAACCUCUAAACAUUCAGUCUUACCUAAACCUUUCAGGGAAGCUGCUGGCGAUGACAAAAACAACAUUAAAAAGAGCAGGAAUACCCACAAAUGCAAAGGCAUCGCCUGCAAGAGAAAAGAGACGGUUGGCGCCAUCAAGCAAACCAGUCAUCGACAUCUCCCAGCGUUUACAGUCAACAACACAAAGCCAAAGCAUAGAAUUAAGCCAAGCAACCACAGUGCUGUGGUGAGGCACGCUGCACAGGCGUAUAUUCAUCUUGAAAGGGAUAAAUCCACAGCUGAACAUAUCCCUGCUCCAGCAGAUACCAUAAUAAGUGAAAAAAAAUCUGUAGACAGACAGGCAGGCAGAUGGGGGGAUAGACAAAUACAUGGCAUCUAUACAAGUGCAAAGCUUGCAGGAUAUCACCAGGCUUUGGAAAAACACAGACAAACAACAAAGCAGUCUGGGAAAUCUGACAAAGUCAGUAAGGAGCGGCAGGCUCCAAAUAAGUCCCCCGGGGAUCUCAAGAAACGCCACAAUCCCUCUGAGGAUCCCUCUGAAGUGGGGAAGAAUUCUGCGUCACUGGACCGCGGGGGGGCUUUGUCCGAACCCCAGACAGGCGUGACGAGAGACGGCAGCGAGUGGUGUCAGAGCUUCAGAGAGCAGGACUUCCCAGACAGUGACCACAGGAGGAUCAGGAUUAGUGCGGAUCUCCAGGCUCUUCCAUGGCUCAGCUUGGACGACAUCCAGAAGAUGGAGCUCCUUGCCGGGGGUGAGGUAGCCAGCAAGGCCAGGGUGCCUGCUCAUGGUCAGGUGCUGCAAGUGGCGCUGGAUCCUCCUGCACACCCGCAGAAGCUGUCACUAACCAGAGAUUCUCAUCAGCACACGUCUGCACAAGGACACGCUGCCUCCCACAGCGAGCGCUGCAAGCAGGGACACUGCUCGCUGAUCAAACGCACCGAGGACUGGUUUGAGGUGUUCGCCUUCCACCUGGACAGAGUGCUGGGGAUCAAUAGAAGCCUCCCUGCAGUGCUGAGGAGUUUUCACAGUGACAUUCUGCCCUACCGGUACACCAGUGGUAUCCCCAGACCGGCAGUGUGGUGGGACCCAGGCAUUCAGCACCUAGCCGACAAAGACAAUGACCAGAACUCGGUGCCUCUCAGCUGGGACCAGUACCAGAAGCUACUGGAGGCUCGAUGUGGGCGCAGUUCAGACCUGAGGUCAGCUCCCUGCGUGGGAGUGCAGCAUUCAGAGUGGGGGAGACUGGCUCUCUUCGACUUCUUAUUACAGGUGAACGACCGUCUGGACAGGUACUGCUGUGGUUUCACUCCUGAUCCAACGGAGCUCUGUGUGGAGAAUUUACUGAACGCCAGAUGUGGCCACACCAAGGACCUGCUGCUGGUCCACAUCCUGGUGAGGAAGACCGAUCCCUCCAGACUGGUUUUCAUAGACAACGCCGGCAGACCCCAGCAGACCACCGACAACCUCAACUUCAGGCUCGUUGAGGGCAUUGAUGAGUUUCCAGAGAAAGCCGUGUCCGUGCUCCACUCGGGCUGUCUGGAAAGUCUUCUUCUACGCUCCCUUUACACGGACAGGGAAUUCUGGGACAGCCGUGGAGGCGCCAGCGGUCUCAGGCCUCUCAUCCGCACGGUGGAGCAGAGGGGGCAGAUUCUCCUCCAGCACAUCAGGGACAAAAAGCUCCGUCUCAAGGGGGACCUGUGACCGAAAAUGCCAAUGCAUUUCAUUGAUGCACCUGGCACGACAUCAGAAAGGAAUUUGCAAAUCUGUUUUUAUAUAUUUUUAUUAGUUUGUUACUAAAAGGAAGUAUCACGAUUAGAUAGGCAGAAAAUUAGGUUUCUGUGCUGUUUAUGACAAUACUAAAAAGUCGUUGCUUGAACCGCGUUUCAUUUGUUUUUCUUGCCGAGACGAUUCAGCUCUGGAAGCAGGAUCAAACAUAACCCUCACAGUAACGCGUGUGUCAGUGUGUUGUCUCCUCUGGACUGUCAUGAAGCAAAAUACACCCCGGAUCCAAUGUCCUCAAAGUCUAAUUGAUGCAAAUGAUUCGAUCGCCUGCGCCAUGUGAAAUUCCCCCUGUAGCUGUAGCUGUAGCUGUGUCUGUUGUUCGGGAUGCACCAAACAUCAUUGUGAUUUUAAUUCAACUCUGCAAUCUGCAUCUCACCAAAUGUCCCUUCACAAAAACAAAAUGUGAGACAGUUAAUCCCCCAUUUCCACCGACGACAGCAAGCACUCGUUUUUUUUCCCAAGCGGUUUAAUGGAAAUAAUUUUUUUUCCCCCUCUCUAUUUUAAUGUUGUACAUGGAACUAGCAGCCGAUUGAGCGUUUGAUUUGGAUGUCUGUUUUUAUGAGAUAAGCUUUUAAUCGAGGGAUUAAAAAUGGCUGUCAGCAAUUAGCUUCUGGACCGGAUCCUGGAAGCCUUUUGAUAAAAAUGGACCAAAUAUAUAAAUAUAUAUAUGUGUGUGUGUGUGUGUGUGUGUGUGUAUGUGUGUGUUGCGUCAAAGCCUGUCUUUGCACAUUGUCAAAAUGCACCGCAGCGUGGAGAAGCGAAGGGUGAUAGAAAAGGCAGAAAACUGGAUAAAAAUCAAGCGUCUUCAAGGAAAGAACGGAGCUGAGGCUUUUCCGUCUGAGUGACACAUUCCUAAAGCCGAACUGUCACAAAACAUUCAUUUGCUAUGUGGGUCUUAUGAAGAGCACAAACGAUAUCACUUGAAGCUGUUUUAUGCCUUAUUAAAAUUCCACACAUAUUGGUAGCUCGUGGAUUAAUGACAUUUUCUAUGGCUCCCUCUUUCAUCACUGAAUAAAUGGCUCUAAUGAGAAAUGG